AUGGAGCAGGAGGAGGCGGAGCCCCCCUACGUUAAAGAAGAGAUCGAGGAAGCUGAUAUCUCCAAGUUACCAGGGACUGGUGUCACUGUGAAGAGUGACGAUGAUGAGGUCAAAGGUGAAAGUGAGGAGCAGAGAGAGGUGGAGAAACCAGGCAGCAGCUCAACUCAACACAUGACAACAGAAGGUGAUGGUGGAGGAUCCCAAGCAGACUUAGCUCCACUGUCAGAUGGUGAGGACGCAACACCACCCUCUCCUGACACUGAUGAUGAACACUCUAAAGCCGAUGCUGAAGUAAAACUCUUCCCGUGCUUGGUUUGUGGUGAAGCGUUUACUCAGAAUGCAAGUUUGACAUCACACAAAAAAACUCACACGGGGGAAAAACCUUUCGCUUGCUCAGUCUGUGGUAAAAAGUUCUCUGACAAGAGCAGCGUGAGGAAACACGCGCGGGUACACACCGGGGAGAAACCCUUUUCCUGCUCGGUCUGCAAAACGAGCUUCAGGUAUCAGACGACUCUGAUCCAACACAUGCGGACGCACACGGGAGAGAAACCUUUUGCCUGCACGGUCUGCGGCAAGAGAUUCUCCCAAAGGUCCACUCUGACAGAACACACGAGAUCGCACACCGGAGAGAAACCGUUUUCAUGUACGGUGUGCAACACCAGUUUUAGCUACCACUCGUCGUACAUUCAUCACAUGAAAAGACACGCGAGUGAGAGUUUGCGUUGGGCCCCGUGA